UGGUAAACACGGCGCCCAACCCCCAUUGGCGGCGAAGAGCUGAGAGGGAGAGGGGACAGAGCGCCGGGGGGGGCCCCCCCCUCCUGAACUGUGUUCGAGAAGGAGAGCGAGGUUGUGAGUGCGGAGCGGCAGCUGCUGAUGUUGACUAGUGUGGAGCCUCCUUUAGGCAGGAGCACAAGACGGUUGGGGUUGAGGACUUCUUCACAGGUUCCAUCAAUGUUACUCCACGCUCAUCCAGCAGAAGGCCCACUUGCAGCAGGGGUAUUAAUGGCAGGAAACGUGGAUGUGUACAACUCUUCUGUUCAUGACUCCUGUGUUUCUUCAGGGUUUAAAACCCUGUAUGAAGAAGGAUUGUUAUUUGAUGUCACGCUAGUAAUUGAAGAUCACCAAUUCCAGGCUCACAAGGCACUAUUGGCUACACAGAGUGACUAUUUUCGAAUAAUGUUCACAGCUGAUAUGAGGGAACGAGACCAGAACAAGAUUCAUCUUAAGGGACUGACUCCAACAGGUUUUAGUCAUGUGCUUCAGUUUAUGUAUUAUGGCUCCAUUGAACUGAACAUGAGCACUGUCCAUGAGAUCCUGCAGGCAGCCAUGUAUGUCCAGUUGACUGAAGUGGUGAAAUUCUGCUGUUCUUUCCUGUUAUCAAAAAUCUGCUUGGAUAACUGCGCAGAAAUCAUGCGACUCUUGGAUGAUUUCAGUGUUAAUAUAGAUGGUAUCCAAGAACAGCUGGACAAGUUCCUGCUCGAGAAUUUUGUGCCACUCAUGUCCCGAGCUGACUUUCUAUCCUACUUGAGUGUUGAAAAGCUUUUGUCAUGUUUGGAAAAUGACCAAUUAAGCCGAUUCCCAGAGAUUGAGCUUUUUGAGGCUGCGCAGGCCUGGCUGCGACAUGACAGAAGCCGGUGGAGGCACACAGAUGCCAUUGUUCAGAAUGUCAGGUUUUGUCUGAUGAAUACGACAAACGUUUUGGAAAAGGUGAAACCAUCUGAAUUCUAUCGCUACUCGCGACAGCUGCGUUUUGAAGUUGAGCAGGCUUUAAGUUACUUUCAGAAUGUUAAUCAACAGCCUCUUCUGGAGAUGAGAUCUAACCGCAUUCGCUCUGGCAAGGCACAGACUGCAGUUUUCCGUGGAAUGAUUGGACACAGCAUGGUGAAUAGCAAGAUUCUUCUGUUACACAGACCAAGAGUCUGGUGGGAAUUGGAAGGUCCACAAGUACCAUUGAGACCUGAUUGCCUUGCAGUAGUGAACAACUUUGUGUUUCUGUUAGGAGGGGAAGAGUUGGGCCCUGACGGUGAAUUUCAUGCCUCUUCGAAAGUUUUCAGGUAUGAUCCUCGACAAAAUUCAUGGUUGAGAAUGUCUGACAUGUCUGUCCCCCGAUCUGAGUUUGCUGUUGGUAUCAUUGGAAAGUAUAUCUAUGCUGUGGCAGGGAGAACGAGAGAUGAAACGUUUUACUCUACAGAACGUUACGACAUUACGCAAAACAAAUGGGAAUUUAUUGAUCCAUAUCCAGUUAAUAAAUAUGGACAUGAAGGAACUGUUCUCAACAACAAGCUGUACAUAACUGGAGGCAUAAUGUCCUCUUCAACCUCCAAACAGGUAUGUGUAUUUGAUCCCAGCAAAGAAGGGACUGUAGAACAGCGGACAAGGAGAACACAAGUUGUUACAACAUGUUGGGAGAACAAAGCCAAGAUGAAUUAUGCACGUUGCUUUCAUAAAAUGAUUGCCCACAAUGGGAAACUAUAUGUAUUUGGCGGUGUGUGUGUAAUUUUACGGGCAUCUUUUGAGUCUCAAGGCUGUCCAUCUACAGAAGUUUAUAAUCCUGAUACUGAUCAAUGGACUAUCCUAGCAUCAAUGCCCAUAGGUAGAAGUGGACACGGGGUGGCAGUAGUUGAAAAGCAGAUAAUAGUUCUUGGUGGCCUUUGUUACAAUGGUCAGUACAGUGACUCCAUACUCACCUUUGAUCCAGAAGAAAAUAAAUGGAAAGAAGAUGAAUACCCAAGGAUGCCUUGUAAGCUGGACGGCCUACAAGUCUGCAGCCUUUACUUUCCUGACUUCAUAUUGGAGCAUGUUCGGAGAUGUACGUAAGCCAGGGCAAUGGUUAAUUACACUAAUCAACUGGAUGGGAGAUUGUAAAUCUUUUAAUGGAUUUGGGUGAGAGCAAGUUUUGCAGUAUUGAAUAGUAUUCUCAUUGAAAUACUAGAUGCCAAAAGAAGAAGCUAUGUAUGUCUUUCCUGUGCAUUUCAGAAUUUUAUUUUCUGUUCAAUUUG